UGGCACUCAAAUACACGUUGGCUUCCACCCGCAACCGUCGAAAGUUCAGCGAGUCGACCGUAGGAUCAAUCCAGCACCAACACCUGCAAAUCCGAGACAAUUGGCGGCCGGAAACCAGCUCGCAGUCCUCCAGUCCGCAAUCAUGUCUCAACCAGCGCUGAACAAGAUCGCCCACAACAGCCCUUCGAGGCAAAACCCGUCCGAGCUGGAGACCAGCAUCGCAACCGCCCUGUAUGAGCUCGAGACCAACAUCCCAGACUUGAAGUCGGCCUUGAGACCUCUCCAGUUCGUCUCUGCUCGCGAGCUCGAAGUUGGCCACGGCAAGCGCGCCAUUGUCGUCUUCGUCCCCGUUCCUCUUCUGUCCGGAUUCCACAAGGUUCAGCAGCGCCUGACCCGCGAACUCGAGAAGAAGUUCUCCGACCGCCAUGUCAUCUUCAUCGCUUCGCGCCGCAUCCUGCCUCGCCCCAAGCGCUCCAACCGAUCCCGCAACUCGCAGACCCAGAAGCGUCCUCGCAGCAGAACUUUGACCGCCGUCCACAACGCCAUCCUCGAAGAUGUCGUCUACCCCGUCGAAAUCGUCGGCAAGAGACUCCGAACCAAGGAAGAUGGCAGCAAGGUCUUGAAGGUCAUUCUGGACGAGAAGGAGCGCGGUGGUGUCGACUACAGACUCGACACUUACUCCGAGGUUUACCGAAAGUUGACCGGCCGUGUCUGUGGCUUCGAGUUUCCCCUGAGCAGCGCCGUGGACUAUUCUUAGAUUGUGUGCAAAUGCAGGGAGGGCAGCAACUGGUGUUUAAGCUUGCAAGUGGAUAGGUGAAAAUGAUCGAUCCGGCUUAACCAAAAGAAAAGAAUCCGCACGACCGGUUCAAGGGUGCUUCAUCACGGUCGUGCUCCAGUUGAUGAAAAGAGAGACAUGACCUGGCAGCUCACCAUUGUCAUUAUGCAAAGGCAGCAGCAUUGUGCCUCGGUGGAGCGAACGCACCAAAUACUUCGUGAAAGCAAUCAAAGUUCUACCAAAAACAUUUUCGGGUGUUUUCUUGUUCAUUGGGAAGAGUUCCACAUGGUCCAAGCGAUGAAAACUUGUCGUAUAUCUACAUUAUGGUUGGUUUUCUCAUGUACAGCAUCUAUUGUUACAGGCCGAAAUCCCCUCCACCAAGUAUAUCUUUCAUGUUGACUUUGCCGCUGCCCCUCUCCAGAGGCAUUGGCUGAUUGGGGCCGGCUUUCCAUCCUAUCAUGUAGAUGACACGAAAGGUUGCGGGGAUUCUAUCCUUUUCCCCUUCAUUGCAAUGCAGUUCGCGAUAUAUGGCCUCGUUUGCAAGCAGGACAUCUCGACUGAUCGGGCCGCCGCCGGAUUUGAGAAUCGCGUUCCCUUCUCCCAUGGCUUGUAUGUCUGUCAUCAAGGCAAAUGUGUCAGGGUAUUCUACGAUGAUGUCGUCGACGUCCACUGUGAGGAGUUUGAAUCCCGCCCGGCCC